CUACAUCCCACCUUGUCGUGCAACACCGACUGUCGUCCAGUGAAGACAACAAAGAAUCAGGAUGUUCUUCUACCUGUCAUUCCUUCGACCUCCGCCGUCUCAUGUCCUCCCGUCAUCUCCUGUUUCAAUAACACCGCAGGUUGCAAACGACUUGCGCACAGAGCUGCUUGUUGACGCUCAAGAUAUCUACUACGCUUGGUGCCUCCCCUCUGCUCCUCAUGCAAAACCGAGUCAACUGCCAGGGAUCACUCAGCCUCUGAAGCUGACGACAUGGAGACAAGGUAGCGCUUACAAAGAGCUGCUAGUACCAGCUCCUCCGGGCAUUAGAGAAAGCCAAUACUACUGCCUUGUCCUUACCACCCAUGCUCAAGGACAUCCGCACAUCAUCAACCUGGGGUCGGCAGAUGUCGGUCAGCGACCUUUUCCGGUCAUGUCUAUGCCCAUCUUCUUUAGCUCCAAGAUACCGAAGACGAAACUUCCAUCAUUCUCGGAGAAACAGGUCUUCAUGCGCGUGAGGGAACAAACGUCAUUCGACCUCGACAAGAAGGUAUGGGACAGUGGUGUGGGGCUAAGCUCUUGGAUCACUGCUUUAGCGAACGACGACAGCGUCGUGAGCACCUCCCACGCUGUCGCCCGCAUGAAAAAUGCCCUUUUGUGCCCUGAGCGGCGACAUAUCAUCGAGCUGGGUGCGGGCACAGGCAUGGUGUCCCUGGCUCUCGGAGCGCUGCGGUCCACGAAAGCUACGGAUGGUGGCUGCAUUAUUACGACGGAUCUAUCAUCCGCAAUGCCUCUCCUCGAACACAACAUCUCGAGUAAUGCAUCGCUGUUCUCUUCGGAUGCCAGUCGUCCCAGGGCUCUUACGCUUGACUGGGACGAGCAGACACUUCCACCUGAAGUUUCCGCUACGCAAGACGGGUUUGACGUGAUACUCAUGGCGGACGUCACGUACAAUACCUCUGCGUUCCCGUCGCUGAUACGAACAGUCUCAGACAUUCUCCGUCUACGCUCGGCAGUACCACCGUCGAAAUCGGGGUCGCUGGAGACUAUGAUACUGCUCGGGUAUAAGGAGCGUGACCCCGCAGAACGGACGCUGUGGGAGACGAUGAGAGAGAUUGGCGUACAACUCGAGAAAGUGGACGAAAGACGUGGUGCGGGCGGGGAUCCUGUCGAGAUAUGGAUAGGAACAGUCGAUCGAGCAGCGUAGCAGUCCUGAUGCCUUUACCUGCGGCACAUUCAUUGGCCUCAAAAUGGAUUGGGACAGUUUGGCUUCACCUCGCGACGAGGGCGCUCCGGCAAUGUUGGCCUCCUGACGAUCAAUUUGAGGUGUUCGAGGGUGUCCAUCAUUCGCCGCUACAAAGUCGAUUCACUGGAUACAACAGCGAGCAUGAUACCGUUCGCGAGAAGAAAGCAGAUGAAAGAAGCAGCUUGUCGACUGCGCUGGGCUUUUCCUUCAAAUUAAACAGCCG